ACCGUCGCUUGUGCGCACCUUCGUAUAUUUCACCGACACGCGCGAUAGUGACUCCUGGCGCUACGGUUACCGGAAGUGAUUCGACCUGUAGCUUCUGUUUGAUCGGCAAUGGGUCUUGCCUUGGCAGAUGGGUCACUGCCGUUACAUCCCUCACUGGAGAGGUGUCCUGAGCGUCGACAUGGCGGUUUCAUGAACGACAUACUCUCUGGUAGCACUACCACAACUAACAUCUUUUCUUUUUACAUUACAUGAUACCUUAGUUGGAAUACUUCGCAACCUCACCUGCUCGGCGGUGCUGUUUGCUUCUUUUUUGCGACAUCAUUUCUCCAAUUGUAUUCUCCAUGGGAGAGUAUAAGUCGCAGCAUUCAUCUCACAAUGCGUAGGAUCAAAGUCCCCCGUGGGACCCCAUAUCGCCGGCCUAUGUCGAAGCAACACAAACGGUCCCUGGUGUAUGCGCUUCUUUCGGCUGUCGCUUUCGGCGGGUAUUACUGGUUGUACGCGCAGCCCAUCGAUGUAUUCGCCGUUCCGUUUAGAGAGCACGAAGCAUACAUGCACGACGGAUCAAGUCUCGCCUUCCUCAAAUCAGAGCAAUCCUAUGAUUGGCGGGAAGCGCCCUUCGUGAACAAGAUCGCAUCCUAUAUACCGCUACCGACGACCGCUCCGCACAAACUCCCUCGAGUCCAGUCCGAGCACUUUCCCGAGACGAGUUCGCAAAGAAAACAGAGAGAGAAACGCAGAGUCGCCGUACGGGACGAAUUCAAGCAUAGCUGGGACAGCUAUAGGGAAUUUGCUUGGGCACAAGAUGAGCUUCGGCCUGUAACAGCGGAGGGUGAAGAGUCGUUUGGCGGCUGGGGUGCCACUCUGGUCGAUUCACUAGACACGCUCUGGAUCAUGGGCCUCAGAGACGAAUUUGAUGAGGCCGUGGAGGCUGUCGCAGCCAUUGACUUCGGUAAGACCAACCUUACCACUGUGAGCGUCUUCGAGACGACCAUCAGAUACCUGGGUGGGCUAUUGAGUGCAUACGACAUGAGCGGCAAGCCGAUCUUGCUUAAGAAAGCGAUACAACUCGGAGAGAUGCUGUAUCGUGCAUUUGACACAACCAACAACACACCUCUUGGCUGGCUGCAUGUAGAGAACACCAAGGCGAUAGGAAGGACGGCCUUUACUGCCGAGAGCAAUAUCUGCUUUGCCUGUCUUGGAAGCUUGACCAUGGAGUUUACGCGUCUUGCCCAGGUCACGUCAGAGCCAAAAUAUUACGAUGCAGUCGCGAGGAUCACUAUCAUGAUGGACCGCGCGCAAGACAAUACUAGGCUACCUGGUCUGUGGCCAACUAUGGUGAACGCCGCGAAAGAAGAAUUCAACCAAUCACGCUUUUUUUCGAUCGGUGCGCUUGCUGACAGCACGUACGAAUACUUCCCCAAGAUGCAUGCGUUGCUCGGCGGCGUGGAACCUGCGUACGAGAAGAUGUACCGAGACUCAGCUGAAAUGAUUGACGCGUACAUGCUUUUCCGGCCCAUGGUGCCUGACAGCGCUCACGGAGAAGACCUACUGCUGUGUGGGGAUGUCUUCACCCACGGCGAAGAUGCCAGGCUAGAUCCAACUAUGCAGCACCUGACAUGCUUCAUUGGCGGCAUGUUUGGCUUAGCAGGUCGCCUCUUCUCUGAUCCUGACCACGUGGAUCUCGGUGCGAAGCUCACCAAGGGGUGUAUUUACGCCUACUCCGCCACACCCACGGGUAUUAUGCCAGAAACAUUCGAUAUCGUGCCCUGCGAUUCUCGUAAAUCUUGUCCCUGGAACCAAACGGCUUGGGAAGUGGGUGCAAUGCAUCACUACAGCAGCAAAUAUGUUGCUCAUUUCAAUGACGCAGUAGAAAAGUACAAGAUCCCACCUGGCUUCACCAACAUCCGCGACAAACGAUACCUGCUCAGACCCGAAGCCAUCGAGUCUGUCUUCAUCAUGUAUCGCAUCACUGGUGACCGUCAAUAUCUGGACGACGCAUGGGACAUGUUCACUAGCAUUGUUGCUGCAACUCGAACGCCUUACGCGAACGGACAAGUCAGAGACGUUACGUUUGUAGCAUCGAAAGCCCCAGGCCGAGGUUACAAGUCUGUCCCAGGUGUAGGUGAUGUACCAUACACGCACGAAGACAAUAUCGAGAACAAGAUGGAGAGCUUCUGGACAGCGGAAACACUGAAGUAUUUUUAUCUCAUCUUCAGUACACCAGAUAUGAUCAGCUUAGACGACUGGGUGUUUAAUACGGAGGCGCAUCCCUUUAGGCGGCCGAAGUCGAGAUAAAAACAGGCUAAGCAUGAUGUUGAAGCCAGUAGUUGAGAAUAAAGAACGAGAUGAGUAAGGUCACACUGCUAUUAGUAUUGUCAUCUUAUAUGAUACCCGGCACGGACGAAGAAAUGCGUCACUAUCGCUAUUGCUUUUUGGGUAGCAUAGCCGGAACAUUGCAUUGAUUGGCGUUGUAAUGUAAGCUCAGACAGUUUUUUAUGAAGUUCUGGCACUACCGUGUGAAAUAGGUAGCCUGCUUUCGUCUUUUAUUGU